AUGAAGAAUACCCCUUUCGCACGUACAGGGCCGCCCACCAUGUUCUAUGUAUUGCUAAGAGUCCGCUAUUUCGGAGAAGAGUUUUUAUAUAUCUUCGCCACGCCUAAAGACUAAAUCGCGCCCAACUUCCCGAAUAUUUCCUCCAGACAUGAGCGUUAUCAGCGAUCCGUUUGGCAUGAUUCUCGUCUGUGUAUUUUUAAGUAUCUUGCUUCUAGGCGUCAUGAUAGUCCAGCUGUUUCUAUACAUCGACCGCUAUCCGACAGAUCCGUCAUAUCUCAAGAUCUUCGUCGUAUCGCUCUUUACCUUGGAUGUCCUUAACUCGGUCUUCGUAAUGUUCUGGACAUAUACGAUGCUUAUAGACAAUUUUAUGAACCCUGCAGCAUUCGGUAGAGCCGAUUGGAUUGUCUGCACAGACCCAAUUCUGUCAGGUCUUAUGGCGUCUAUGGUACAAGGUUUCUUCGCCUGGAGAGUAUGGGUGUUGACGAGAAAUCCAUUUUACCUCGGGUUUGUAGUCCUGUGUGCCAUAGCUUCAACAGCGGGCGGAUUAGGGACGGGAAUAUAUGCUGCCAUCAUUGGAGAUUUCAGCGAAUUUCGGAAAAUCAAGGCAGUCGCACUCAUCUGGCUGAUAUCCGGAGCGCUAGGAGAUUUGGCCAUAACCUUGAUUGUCUCAAAUUAUUUGCGCAAAGCUAGGGGAACAUUCCCCAGGACGGACCGCAUUCUGACAAAGCUUAUUCGGUUAACGAUGCAAAACGGUCUCUUGACAUCUGUACUCGCCAUAGUUGAUUUCAGUUUGUACCUCGCUUCGAAUAAGCCUUACUAUUUCGGAAUUGCGUUCCUCAUACCAAAAUUGUACACUAAUUCUGCUCUUUCAAGCCUGAAUGCACGCGCUGUCAAGCGCUCCACUUCUGACGACUCGGAGCGAUCGUCACAUCAGCGAAUGACGACGGAACCUAGGUUUUGGAAUGACGCUGCCCAUUCCGGGAUUGAGACUGGCGUGCGCCCGACAGAGGUUGUUGUUAACGUCGAAAUGGAAUCCCACGAGAUGUCCGAUGUAUUGCAGAAAGAUAAGGAUUUCGCGCCAUAUUAAGAUUUUGAUCAGCAUGGUUAUGACGGUACACCAUAAAGCAUACGGCGCAACAUUAAUACUGUUUCACGCCGUGAUGCCAGCUGAUACCCCGCAUUUUGUUUAGUCCUGAGUAAAAAAGAAAAUUACCAAUGGGAAGGAAGGACGAGCAUCAUUACCGUCGUCAAAUUUCGUUCUGUCAUUACAGGUUUAUCUAUAAAUCAAGG